CUGAUCUUUACGUGUGGGAUCGGAGGACACCAGUUAUAUUUUUUGGUUGACUUUUCUCUACAUCUUGAUUCAACAAUUACUUCACGAACAUUUAGCUAAACAAGUUUAAUUUCAUCGGAAUUAGGCCACAAACACAUGAGGUGCAGAAAUAUGCACGAGGGCUCCCUUGGGCAAAACGUCUCUGCUUCACCAGCGAACUGCAACACCGGCCGCUACCACAACCCUUUUUGGUUUCAGCCGCACAGGGAUUUGCCGCGAGACUCAAUUGAGGCCGCCACACGCCAUCAACAUCAAUCCGUGGAGUUCUCCUAUCCGUCAUCCAUUGAUCUGGGACCAAAAUCUCAAUCGCCGAGACGAAUUAGGUGGCUUCGAACUAAAGCCUACACCUUCUCCGAUCGACUUGGAUGUUACGAUAUUGUGCAAUCAGAUUUCCGUCAAAGAUAAGUUUCCUUUUAUUCCUUUCAUAGCAUGAUUUUACAUUUUUACAACCAUGUUUAUUUCAUUAUUCUAUAUGCAUGAUGUGAUAGCAUAUUAUGCUUUGACUGAGUAAUUUACUUGCAUGUCAAUCGCAAAUGAUGCAUUACAUGAUUUGCUUUCACUGAGUGUAAUUGUUUUUUUUCUUUCUCAUUGAUUACCUAUUGAUACUAAGUUGUGAUGAUUGGGUUAGUUUUUAUUAAGCAACUAUUAAAUCAAUUAAACAUAUCUGCAAUAUUCAUGGUUAUACGCUCAUGAUUAAGCGAUUUCAUGAAUGUUACAAAACCCUUACGAUGGCUUUAUGAUAAUAAUUUACAAAAGGUCUUCGUUCCUAAAUAAUUUCUUAAAGAUUGUGAAUCGGGAUUGUAAAAUUUAGACCCAACGUUUUAUAAAUUAAAUACAUAAAAUGGAUGUACUUAAUUAAGGUUAUACUCCGUAUAAAUUAAAUCACUUUCAACAUGAAUUAUUGAUCAUUCUGACCUAACUACAAGUAUGCCAGGCCAGUUAUAUGCUCCUAAUGUUUCUAAACUAAAAUAAUGUCUGUUAACCGCUGGAUAUUAAUGUCUUCAACAUUUUUUAUGCUUGCAUAGUAUUUAUUCAAUUCAAUUUUAUAAUGCUUUUAUUUUUUAUUUUUUAUAAAAGGGACCACCUUUGAGUGAGAAACCCGUUUAGCGUUAUUUAUGAAGAAAAAAUAACUGUUUUUUUUAAAAGGGGAAGUUAAUGACAUUUAUUAACAAAAUUCAGUUACAUUGGGACAUUUAUUUAUGCAAUUAAUGACAUAAAUUAAAUUUAGAAUAAAAUAUAAUGGCAAUAAACAGAUUUGAAAUUUAAUAAUGGUUCUCCAUUUGUAAUUGUUAUUAUAACUAUUUUUCAUUAUUAAUUACGUAGUACUAUUUAUGACAUAUUUUUCAAGAAAAUGAUUUUUGUUUCCAAAAACCAAGUAGUAACUGUGUUAUUAUUGAAUAACCGAAAGUUAGUAUUUAUUUUGUGUUUAUUCAUUCACUAACCAAAAACGAUUUGGAAAUUCAAAAUAAUGUUGUAGCAGAUGUGUUCAAACUCGAAAAAAAAAGGAGAAUAUACUCACGUCUUUGGAGGGUGGAAACAGAUUGGAUUUUAGUGGCUAAAGUUGACUAAUUAUAUAUAGAGCGGAUUCAUAUAUUGUUAUUUACUUCUCCUGAGUUUUGCUACCAGUUCUAUAUGACUAUAUUGAAGAGCUCAUUAUAUCAACUAUCAAGUGUCUGGGAGUGUUUCUGAGGUUCUAUAACAGACCUAUUAAUAUUGUAAUAUAUACUACUCCUUUUAUUCAGUAUUUGUCUAGCUACUUAAGUACCAUUUGAUGUAGAUUAAAAUAUUUAGCUAAUAACUUGUUGCUCCUGAAGUAGCUCAAAUAUUCUUAAAUAUUCUUUAAGAUAUUCAUAAGAUUUAUCUUUAAAAACUGUUGCUCCUAAAGAAGCAUAAAUACUUUUAUGUGAACUAUACAUAUAUUAUGUAUAGUGAUUGAUUAAUAUUGAUCAAAAAUAAAAAACUUUAAUCGCAAUAUAAUUAUGAAAAAAAUUAUUCAUGUAUGCUAAUUUAAACUAAGCAUUGAGAAAAAUGGACAUGAAAGGAGAGGCCAGGUACGCUCUAAUUUUUCCAUUUAUCAUUAAUAUGGUCAUUUUUUUUGAAAAAAAAAAUAGAAUUACAUUUGUGUUUAUGCGUAUAAUAAAUUUGAUUACUAUAUAUUAAUCAUUGUUAUUUUAUGGUAUAUGUAUAUGUAUAUGUAUAAUUAUACAUAUCAAAUUCCUCUUCUAUAUGAAAAACUUUAACUCAAUGUUAUGUCAUUAAAACUAGCCAGUUUAGAGAAUGUGAAGUAAAGUUCAAAUACACUUGAAGUGUAUUCAAUAUCUCAAUAACAUAUAGAUAUAUAGUGAUUAAAUAGUAAAUGCACUCAAGAGGAAUAGAAAACAUGAAUAGACUUCAACUAUAUCCGAAAUAUAAUUAAAUAUUGAUGAACACAUAAAUAAUGUCUAGAAAAUAACAAUUUAAUGCAAUUGUGUAUAAUGAUUAGUUCAAGUUAAUCUACUCGAGAGGUAGAAAACAAACAAAAUUUCAUAAAUGGGUAUAUGAAAUUAUAUCAAAGUGCCAUAAGUCACUAUAAGAGCAUAGAUUUGAUGUACAAGUGGGUGUGUUGUGAACUUGAAGUUCCCCCAUCGCUCACACAUAAGAUAGUGUGGACAAUAUGUUAUUAUAUGCCAAGGUAAAUUUUAAGAAAUUCACUCAAAUGAGUCGUUCAAUACAAGUCUUUUAAAUUAAGUGCUCUUAAACAAAUUUGAUUAUUUAAUAACUUUUAUGUUACUUCAAUAGUAGCAGCAUUAUCUAAUCGCUAGACUCUAUAUAGAUUCCUAGCUGAGUCAUUCGUAUUAUUUCUGUGAACGUAAGAAAUCACUAUAUGAAUGAUUAUUUUAGAGACAUAUUAUUUUGGUCUUAGGCAUGAUAUAAUGCCUGAAGCAUAUAUACUUGUGGCAUAGAGCUUGAUAUGUAUUAAUUUUUGCUAGAGUUAUACACUUUAGAAAUUUAAUCCUAUUGUAAGGAUAAAAAGUAAUGGAAGCACAAAUUAUAUUUAUAAACAAGUUGGGCACAUAAAUUAUAAUGAUAAAAUCUCAGGCAUCGAGCGUAAGCUCAAAGAAGCUACUCAAACACUACGAAGUAAUAGUUUGAAAAGUGAUAUCAUACUUAUUGGGUGAUAGUUUGAGACCAUACCAACACAGUGUAAAUUGUGUUUCCAUAAUAUCUGCCUGUAGCAGAAUUAUCCUCAUACUAUACUAUGUAUACUUGAAUAGUUUAAACAUGUGUUGCAUUAAGUUUAAGAUUUUUGAAAAAUGACCAAUUUAUGGUCAACCCAGGUUUAGAUCAAAUGCCGUAUAAGACAUCCAAUGUAUACAUACUUCUUAGAUAAGUAAAUGACAAGACCGUCUAUUCUCCCAAUAUUGUAAAAUUGGAUCCAUGGGAGUUAAGUGAACUUGAAGUUUCACAUUGUGGGUUAAUAAUAUUAAAUUUGGUCUCAAGAAUAUGCUCUAUUGAAAUGUUGAUAUGUAAUGAGUGGUAUAAAACCACUUUGCCGGCUUUUAUUAUAUAUAGUGAAGAGCAUAAUGUAACCCACAUAAUAUAUCUAGCAUUAUAAGAUGAAUGUUUUGCCUGAGAUAAAAGUGCUAGAAAGUUGCCUAAAUAUAUUAAUAAAAUUUAGUUUAUAUUAAUUCGGCAUUUGUUAGUAACUAGUCCCCAAAAAGUUUACACGUUGAAAUGAGCCAAAGUGUGCAAAUGUUAAAACCCCAUUUUUGAAAUGAUGUUCAUGAACCCCGGAAGUGGCUCCAUAUGUAUGUAAAUCCUUGUUUAAGAAUAUUAUGGCACAUUUCCCGAUAUUAGGGGGAGAUUAUAAAGGCAUGAGCAUAAUUAUAUUUUAGAAUGUCGGGAAAAUAUCCUAGUAGGAUUGAAUGAUAUGAAAAGAGAAACGUGUAAAAUAAUAUUAUAAGUAAACUGCCAAAGUGACUGAAAGAAAUGAUUAUAAAGUUUGAGCUCAACCAAUGCAUGAAGCAUGGUUAGACGGUCAUUAUGUGUAUAUAAAAUAAAAACCGGUUUUUAUUACAAUAAGUCACAUAUACCUCUACAAGAGGAUGAUAUAAGUUAAAUGCUGCAGCUGAUACGUAUUAGAAACUACAUGAUACAGAACAUGGGUUCCUCUUUUAUGACUCAUAUAGAGGACUUUGAUGAAACAGGAAUCAUAUUGAUUAAGAUUGACGUCAAAGAUUUAUUUUCCGAAACCAUCGAUUCAUAACCCAUAAUAAUAAAGUCUGGCCAGACGAAAUGUGAUGGACCUGUAGUCCUAAAACUUUGUGUGUUAUGAUCGAUGUUUAUGGAUGAGAAGAUAUUUUGGGCCUGAAGUCCCACAAAUCAAGAUAUUGUGUAUGUGGGGUGCCAAUAUUUGAGAUUGAAUUAUUUUGAGAUUACAUUCCUGUUAUGGUUUGAAGUUCUGUAAAUGUGGCAGUUAAUGAGUGAAUCGGAUGUCAUUGUUAUAAUAUCAAUUGUGUGUCCCUGAAGGACAAUGGUGAAAAAAAAAAUAUGUACACACAACAUGCAACAUGAAUAUGAAUUCUUUUAUGUCUAUAAUAAUUAGAUAUAGACAUUAUGUGUUUCAUUAUAGACUCAUCAUUAUUGUAUUUGGAAUUAUUUUGGAAGAGAAUUUGGAAUUGAUUGAAUAACUGCAACAAUUGGAAAUGCAGUAAAAUUCUAAGCAUAGUUGGAAAUAUAGAAAGAGAUGCUUGUGCCUAACCACAACCUGGGUGAUCACAAAAGAGUUGAUUGAGGGAAACUUUAUGCAAUGAAUUUGCAAUUACUCAUAAACCUUCUAUUUGUUUACCUGAAGUAAACAUAUAUUAUUCUAUUAUAUAUGAAUACAAUUGUAUAAAUAAAGGUGUUGGUGUCUUUUAAGCAUCUAUUCAAACCUAGAAACAACACAUGACAAUCUUUUGAUUUUAAAUAUCUAGUCAUUACAUUGUGAACACCUAAAGUGUUUGUAUACUAAUUUCAAAUCUUAGGAGGAUCAAAACAUGCCCCUUUUAAAUCUUUAUGGGCCAAUAUUUGAGAAUACUGAAUUAUUAAUUAUUUGAUGUGCAUAUGACCAUUAACACUAAAUUUGAUGGUCUUGAGAUACACAUUGCAAAAUCAUGAGUUUAGACAAUUGUUUUUGCUUAGAAACUCUUGAAGAGUUUGGUUACUGAUACCCAUCAAAUCUGUAUACAUUAUGAUGGAGGUUUUGUAUACUAAAGAUUGUCAAUAGUUCAAAUUAUAUGGAGUGGAUUGAGGUGAAACAAUUAAUUGGUCCAGAAGACCAUGUGAUAUUCCUUUUUUAGCCAAGUUUUUCCCGAAGGAUUUUCUUGACCAAAGGUUUUAAGUUAUUUUGUGAUUUUAAAGAAUGAGAGAGAUUCAUAACGUCCGGAAGACUAUUAUCCUCUAGAAGAGUGAUUCUAAUAUUAAUUCGGAAGAUAGUACCCUGAAGGUCCUAAUUGGUCCUUGUGAGAUCGAAUAAUUUAUUGGUCCAGAAGACCAUAUGCAACUGUACUCUUUUUCCUUAACCAAGUUUUGUCCCAUAGGGUUUUCUUGGUCAAAGGUUUUAACGAGGCAGUUUGUGACUUUGAAAUAACAUAUUAUGAUUUAUAAUAUUCGGAGUAUUGUUUUUCUCUAGAAGAAUAAAUUCAAAUGCAAUCCAGAAGAUUAGGCCCCGAAGGCCAAUGACUGUACUCUUUUCCUUUACUAAGUUUUUCCCGCAUGGUUUUCUUAGUUAAAGGUUUUUAACGAGGCAAUCAAUACAACACAUCGUUUUACAUAUAUUAUGUACUCUUUUCCUUGAUUGGUUUUUUCCCAAAGGGUUUUUCCAACAAGGUUUUUAACGAGGCAUACAUGCACAUAGUACGAUAAUUCAUUCGAGAAAUUAGCAACCGGAUUGGAUUGAAUUGGAUUCAACAAGAAGACCUGAAGUGAUGCAGUCAACAUGGGGAGUAUACGCGCUGCACUCUUUUUCCCUUGACCAAGGUUUUUCCCACUGGGUUUUCCUCGGCAAGGUUUUUAACGAGACAGCAUCAUCAAUGCGUGUAAAGAGAAUAAUGUAUAUUUUUCUUGUAAUGUUUUUAUUUAGCAAUGUACAUCCAAGGGGGAGUGUUAUGUAAUUAUGGAUGUCCAUUAGUUCCUAGCAUAGGCCCAUAUGUCCAUUAGUUCCUAGCAUAGGCCCAUAUGUCUUGGCCCAUAUCAUGUUGUACCCUAGCUCCCCUCCCCUUAUAUAUACACUAUAUGUGAAUGAAUAAAGUACUUCCAUUUGGACUUA